CUUUCCGAGAGUCAAAUAAAGCACCGAGCCACAGACAAUGUCCUCAACCGCCGAGGGAGACGGAGGGCACCAUUAUGGCGAGCGGAUCAGCGAGCCCGGUUCCGUUCCUGCUGAUGGUGACGUGGAGCCGCCGACGCCACGGCGGCGCAAAACGAGAACGCAUUCAGCUGAGAUGCGUCGCGCCCAGGCGACCUCGGUGACCGGUGGAGUGUGCUCGCUGCUACUGAACAAUCUCCUUUGCGGUAUGGACGACGAAGAGGAAGAGGAAAAGCAGCAGCAAAAGCCGGUGGACGAUGACCGUGAAGUAGAAGUCGAUGUCGAUCACCAGCUCGACGGCCGGAGCCGCACCAGCGAGACUACGACGACGCUAUGUCAGCAGGAAAACGCCCCCGAGGUUGACGAAGAUGUCCACCCUGCGUCCGAGGUGGGGGUGGUGCACAACGAGA